AUGGGAUUCUUCACCGAUGACAAGCCAUAUACCGCCAUAACUGCCUCAAUUAACCAACUUUUGGGCGAAAAGACGGUUGAGGAAUUCGAGCCAGAAAUCCAGUUGCCUGGGUUGCUUGAAAGCAUCAAGAUCCAGGGUGCUGAAGGGGCAACCGAAGCGGCUAGAGCCAUCAGAAAGAAGUUGAAGUAUGGGACCCCAACAGUUCAAUAUAAGGCCCUUGUGCUUCUUGAAUUAUUGGUCUCAAACGGUGGGAAGCCAUUGACUCCAUUAUACAAUGAUACCAAAUUAUUGGAUCGACUCAAGGUAAUGAUUAGUGACGAUACCCUUAUCCCAAGAGUCCGCAAGAAGGUGAUUGCUAUGGUUGCUGGGUGGAAAUCUGAGUUUUCCAACGAUCCAAGAUAUUCUGAGCUAGUUUCCUUACACAAAUAUGCUAAGAAUUAUUACAAAAGUAGAUCCGGAGGAGCCAAUCAGCCCGUCCGAAGACAGGUUCCCCAAUUUAUGGACGACAGUGCAGACGAGUUUUCUGAUAGUGAAUACGACAGAAUAUCCCAAGUUGGCAGUAUUAGAAGACACGGAGGUUCUGUUCCUGGAGAAGUUACUGGCACAAGCAAUGCUGCUUUGGACCAAGCAUACGAGAUUCCAGAUAUCGAUCUCAGAAAAGCCGGUCCAGAGAUUGAUAAAAUACUUGCGGCGGCCACCAGUGGGGCAACUUUAUUGAAAAACCAGUUAUCCCAAUUGAAUAGGUCUAGAGGUGAAAUAGCAAUGGACAAUGAUAUGUGUGCUAUUCAGUUUGAAAAAUGUCGUCAAAUUCGUCGAAAAGUAUUGCGUUACUUACAGGUCAUUAGCGAGGGAGAGUAUCUUGGAUUAUUGAUCCACGCCAAUGACGAAUUGGUUGAAGCGCUUCAGAAAUAUUCUGACUAUUCUAAACCAGAAACCUCCAACCCUUCAAACCCCUCCAACCCAGUGGCAAACAGCGGAUUCAUCAGCGAAAACUCUGAUGAUGAUGAUGACGACGACGACGAAGAGUCCAAUGCUGCUGCAUUUUCUGACUAUGAAUCUGAGGAAGAUGAUGAAGAUAAUCCAUUUGCCGACCGUAACAAGGUCUAG